AUGACUAUCAAAAAAGUGACUUUUGGAGAAGUACAAAUACUUGGGCAUGCUGAUGCUUAUGAUCGUUCAAUCCAUGAAAAACAACCUUAUGCAGCCGUUAAAGUAUACAACAAGUUAAGACAAAAUACAUUAGAAAAUAGUUGUACAUAUUAUAAUAAGGGUAGUUUUUGUCGAAGGAUGAUAUUAAGAGGAUGGUUUGAUGAAGAGGAGUUAGCACAAAUUAUAGAAGAUGAAAAUAUCCUUCCUCAUUAUCACGUAAACCAUACUCAACCGGCUUUCAUUACUUUAACAGAUUCUUUUGAAUUUGAAGUGGAGGAGGCAGAUGUUGAAAUUUAUGGUGAGAUUCUCAACGAUUGUUGGAGAUUUUUUGGAUUUGAAAUAUCUGGAAGAAAAUCUACAAAAGAAUUUUUAGUGCUGUGGUUGAAUGAUGUUGUUAAAACUAUCGAUGAGCAUUGUAAUAUCGAAAUUAUGAAUUUUCAGCAAUAUAACGAUGAUGUAUCAGUACUUCAGGCCUGUGUUAUUUUCAGAAGAAGUUUAUAUGGAGUGAGAGCAAAUGAGCAAUUACUUUCAGAGAAACCAAAUUGGGCUGGUAUUACGUGUUAUUGCUUUCCUAUGGACCCAUGUACUUUGCGACCACUUUUCCUAGACUUUUCAAGGGGAAAGCAUUUAAAAUCCAAUAUCAAAUGCUUCAGAUGUGGACAAAGAGGACAUGUUGUUAAAUAUUGUAUGAAACCUAAAUAUGAUAGGAAUGAAGGAAACAAGAUAUCUCAUAAUGUACAAGUGAAAUCAAAUAAUCCUCUGAAAAAAAAAAUCAAUAAUUCAUUGAAAUCGGAUAAAAAUCAGAACAAAAUGUCAUCUAAAGAUUUGAAAGUGAAGGGAUCAAAGCAUUCUUUCUUCGUUAAACCUGCUAGUUUUCCACGACAUUACAACAUAAAACUAUCAGGAACUAUGGUUUAA